AUGUUCUCUUCUUGUCUUGGUCCCACCGUGCCAUGUUCCCUUGUUGUCUUGGUCCCACCGUGCCAUGUUCCCUUGUUGUCUGGGUCCCACCGUGCCAUGUUCCGUGCCAUGUUCCCUUCUUGUCUGGGUCCCACCGUCUGCCCACCGUGCCAUGUUCCCUUCUUGUCUUGGUCCCACGUGCCAUGUUCCUUCUUGUCUGUUCCCUUUCCUUGUUGUCUGGGUCCCACCGUGCCAUGUUCCUUGUUGUUUGGUCCCCACCGUCUUGUUCCCACUUGGUCCCACCGGUGCCAUGUUCCCUUGUUGUCUGGGUCCCAUGUUCCCUUGUGCCAUGUUCCCCUUUGUUGUCUGGGUCCCACCGUGCCAUGUUCCCUUGUUGUCUGGGUCCCAUGUUCCCUUGUUGUCUGGGUCCCCACCGUGCCAUGUUCCCUUGUUGUCUGGGUCCCACCGUGCCAUGUUCCUUGUUGUCUUGGUCCCACCGUACUUCCCUUGUUGUCUGGGUCCCACCGUGCCAUGUUCCCUUGUUGUCUGGGUCCCACCGUGCCAUGUUCCCUUGUUGUCUGGGUCCCACCGUGCCAUGUUCCCUUGUUGUCUGGGUCCCACCGUGCCAUGUUCCCUACUUGUCUGGGUCCCACCGUGCCAUGUUCCCUUCUUGUCUGGGUCCCACUGUGCCAUUUUCACAGUGGAAAUCCUCUCAUUCCCUUCAUGUUCCUUUGA